CAUAACCUCACUUUUUGAUAGACGUCAAAGGUGGUGCGUAGAAUCAAAACAUUGCUGAAAUCUCCCAACUUAGAUAGAAAAUAUAGCUGUUGUUCAGUGUUUCAGUGUUAAAUAAAAUGGGCUUUGAUAAUACGACAGAUAAACUGAUUACGCUGAAGAAUCGGAAAAAUUCAAUACAAAUCAUCGUGAACAAAGAUAUUGACAAUGAUAAAAGUAACAACUGUGAAAAAGCUCUGAACUACUUAUUAUCCUCUAGUAUUAAGUUAGAGGCAAGCUUAGAUAUAAACAAUAUAACUAUACUGGAGCUUUCCCAUUGCUGUCUAACCGAAGUGCCACAAUAUUUGAAACAACUUAAACUGAAACAUUUAGGUCUAGCUCACAACAAGCUUCAACAGGUACCUCUAUGCCUGUAUAGUGGCCUGAAGUACUUAGAAUCCUUGGAUUUGAGCCACAAUUCGAUCUCAGAGUUUGGUAUGGAACCAGAUUGCGUCUUUUCUUUGAAGUUAUUGAAGUUGAACCAUAACUCAUUUAAGGACUUACCAAAGUGGCUCCUCAACUUCAAGAGUACCAACUUAGAAGAUUUCAAUUAUAGCUGUAAUAAAGCUAGUCAUUAUAAUUUCAAGAAGAAUAGUUUUAACCUCAAUGUUACCAAAGUAAAGAGGGUGAAGUUAAGAAAUACUGACAUGAUUGACAGCGAUUUUGCCUUCUUGAGAUGCUUCAAGCAACUUGAACACUUAGAUAUAAGCAACAAAUAUUAUAAAUAUUCGAAUAGGUUCAAAGAUAUCGAUGAUUUAUUCGUCAAGCAAGUUUGGAAACAACUAACCGUGCUAAAAUUGAAUGACUUGUCGAUCUCGUUUUUUCCUGAGGGUAUAUUGUGGUUGGAAAGUUUAAAAGAAUUGAGCAUUCAAAAAAAUGUAAUUUCUUGGUUUCCCGAUGGAAUACAGUACAUGGUGAACUUAGAGGUUUUGGAUAUUUCAAAUAAUACCCUAGUUGCUAUUCCCAAAGAAAUACUUGAGCUGCAAAGCUUGAAAGUACUUAAAGCUGCACGAAAUUCUAUCGAUCAAGUUCCAGACUUGUUCAGUAUGAAAAAUCUUUCAACGCUAGACCUCUACGAUAAUUUAUUAGAUACAUUGAAGUAUAAUCUCCAAACAGUCGAAUAUGUUGAUCUAGAAUUCAACUACCUAGAUACGGUAGAAUUUGGAGACUCUUACUCUGAAAAGAAGAUCAGCUAUAGAGAAAAAUAUGGCUACAGUAGGAUGGAUGGUGUCCAAAUGCGAUGCGAACAUUGGUCAAGAUCGAGUUUUACCUCAGAAGAGUCUGGGAGUGAACUGAGAAUUGUAGCCAGUGAAGAUAUAGAUCUUGAAGAUUGGGAUGCCCCUUCGGAAGUGAGACAAACCAGCCCUGAUAUUGAUAGCGCUGAUGAAGAUUGGCAAGGAGAUGAAAUAUGUCGUGUGAAAACGAUUGUGCAGACUGAGAGAGUUUAUGUGCCGGAUGAAGACUGGAUGUUUGAAGAUGCUGACUGGUAGCGCGUCCCUUUUUUUUGUUCUUUACCGGUGCGGCGUUGUUAUUUUAAACGUUGUGUCGGUCACACAGUGGUAUAUCUAUGCGAAAUCCUGGUAAAAGUUGAAAAAAGAACAUGAAUUAAAAUCAUUAUCUAUUUUAAAGUUUAAUACCUUAAACAAUAAGUUAGCCAUGAAAUCAGAGCUUUGCUUACUCUACCUCUACCAUGGUAGAGUAUUAGACUUUGUGAUGUGUUAUUUGACACUAAUUUUUAACGAAAAAAUUAGAGAGCUUCUGUAUAAUCCGUUGUGUUGUGUGUUAAAAGUAUUUGCGCAUCUGAAUACGGAUCAUAAUAGAGUACGAACUUUUAUUUGAUAUGACAGAAAUCUGUCAUUAUCAUUAUUUUCAUGUACACCGUGAAUUGAACGGAUCUUUAACUUCAUUUCUUUAUACUAGCAUUGUUCAGAGAGACCAUAGUCCCAAUUGGAGUAAAUGUUUGUGAACCUUGAAGUUGCCAGAUAAAAUGUAGUGUCAGUUUCUGCGAACUAUUAAGAAAUACAAUCUUAUAUACUGCCAUAUUAUGGAAGGUGCUGGGAAACUUUCUCAAAUUUGUUCUUUGAGUGCCCCUAAAAUUCCCUUUAAAUGCCUUUCUAGAGACAAAGUGAUCGCUGAUUUGGUAUGCCGGACUGGUUUUGAAAUUGCCAUUAAAUUGACCUUGAAAUGACUUUCAUAUGCCCCCAUAGUGACUAAUUGACUUCGAAUUUGAACUGUGUGAACCGAAAAACCUAAAUGAUUUACGGUUAGAAUCAGCUGCUCGACUUCUUUUGACAUUGUCCUUGAUAUGACCUUGAAAUGGCCUUUGAAUGACCUCAUAGAGACAAACUAACCACCGACACAAAAAACCCUAUGUUACUGAGAUUUGUAUAAAUGCCGCAGAAAUUUUGUUGCCAGCUUUUCGAUGUUCUAGACCACUGUGCGUGAUAACUGUUGAAUGGCGAUUUUAUACUGUUUUCUUUAAGUGAAAAUCUAAUAUCUGGGUAUUAGUUCGGGAUCAUAUGGACCUCGACGUUUGAAUUAUCUGUUUUCAAGAUCUCGGAUUUUGAUCGUUGAAUGUAUGCCACAAAAGAACUUUGGACCAACAUCUAUAGUUUAAGCUUGUCAUUUUAUUUGAUAUAGCCUAUAUAAUUUUUAUCCAACAUAUGAUGGAUUUUUCGUGAUACGCUUGAUCCCAGCCUAUUUGGAAGAAUUGUUCUAGAAGGAAAUCAAAAGCAGAGAACACUAAAAAAUCAAAAUGAAGGUUCAAAAUCUUUUUGCGGUAUCACGCAGAUAGGGUGAAAGAAUUAUCGAAGUACUAGAGUACCGUUUAAAUUGUACCUGACUUGUGAAUAUUGUACAAGGAACGUGACAUUUUAUUUUCAGAUAUAUCUUCUCAUUAUUCAUCAGCACCACUGGAUACUUGGAAAAGUAACAUUAUUUUUCGAUUGUGUAUUUAAUGUGAUCAGUUCUGAUUAUCUUUAUGAGAUUUUUAAUUAUUUAUUGUAGUG